GAUUGAUGGGACUUGUACGCCAGAAAGGUGGCCCCACGCUUCGCCGGAAAGAUAAAGGUGUGGUCAUGGAAUUGCUCGAUCGACGAUCUCUCCUCCUCAAAGACCCUCCUGUAUAAGACUGCACAGCCACCCUUAGCCAGCUAGCUCUCUCUAUACCUAAUAACCAAAACAUAAAUAUAAAAUAAUACAAAAUAAAUAUAAAAUAAAUCCCUACCCCCAUAAACUUGGUGCUGUUUUAGCUGUGCUGAUAUCAUAUAUACUAAAUUCUUGAAGUAGAUCUGUCCACGAGUAAAAUUAAACAGUGUCCUGGAGUAUUGGGUUUCUAGCAUUUUCGAGUUCUUACCCUUCAUUCGUCAGCUUCCUACUCAAUAUUUACAUUCAGUCAGUUUGAUCAGGUUCGUUACAAUUUAGAAACCCAACAUUUAAUCAAGUGUAGAUCGCACAAACAUGGGUGUUUUGGAGUCGGAAAUCAACUCUCAUGGCGAGGUGGAUUCGCCCUUGUUAUCGGACCAACAAGCGAAGAACCACUUAUUCUCCUCAUUAGGAAGACAAUCAUCAAUCUACUCGCUCACUCUUGAUGAGUUUCAGCACACACUCUGCGAGAGCGGCAAGAAUUUCGGGUUGAUGAAUAUGGAUGAGUUCCUAACCAGCAUUUGGACCGCCGAAGAAAACCAAGCCAUUAAUUCCAAUCUCACCAACACUACUACUACUAACAACAACAACAACAUGAACAACAUUGAGGUGCACAUACCUUUAGCCGAGGCCUCAGCAGAAAAGAGCAUUGCGACGCAGCCCAGCUUGCCGCGUCAAGGCUCGCUUACGCUGCCUGAGCCACUGUGUAGGAAAACAGUGGAUGAAGUUUGGUCUGAGAUAAACGGAGGGCAGCAGGCAAAGCAGCAGAACAAUCACAACAGUAGCAUCGAUGGUAGUGUUCAGAGUUCUGAGUUUGCCCCUCGCCAGCCUACUUUUGGGGAGAUGACAUUGGAGGAUUUUUUGGUUAAAGCAGGGGUAGUUCGGGAACAGGAUUCAAUGGCAGCCACGGUGGUCCCUCCUCAGCCUCACCAGCAGCAGCGGUAUGGGAUGUACCAGAACGGCAACCAUGCUGUGGGACCCAGUUUUGUUAAUAGGCCUGUGAUGGGAAUGGGGGCUGCUGCCGCAGCAGGUGCUAGUACUAGCACUGCCGCCGGUAUUCCUAAUUACCAAACUAUACCGCAAAGUGGGGCUGCGGUUGUGGGAGAGUCCUCUGCGUAUGCUGCGAAUGGUAAGAGGAAUGGGGCGUACCCGGGCGUGCGGCCUCCACAGUCGGUUUGUUUUGGCGGGAGAGUGGAGAAUGGUGGUGGUGGAUAUGCAGCAGGGCAGACAAUUGGGAUGGCGGCUCCGGGGAGUCCGGUGUCUUCAGAUGGGAUGGGUACUAGUCAGGUUGAAAACUCUGCGGGUAGAUUUGGUUUGGACAUGGGUUUAGAUGGACUAAGAGGAAGGAAACGGGGUUUAGAUGGACCGGUCGAAAAAGUGGUGGAGAGGAGGCAGAGAAGGAUGAUUAAGAACAGAGAGUCUGCAGCAAGGUCUAGAGCUCGAAAACAGGCAUACACAGUUGAAUUGGAAGCAGAACUGAACCACUUACGAGAAGAGAACUCACACCUUAAACAGGCGCUGGCAGAGCUCGAGAGGAAGCGAAAGCAACAGUAUUUCGAGGAAAUGAAGAUGAGAGUUCAGAACAGGGCCCAGAAAGUGAAGGAGAAGCUAAGGGUGUUGAGGAGGAGUAAUAGUUGUGUUUAUAAUGUGCAAUCUGAGAUAUGGUAAAUGAACGCAUAUCUCAUGUUUUUAGUUCGUCUUUGUACCUUUCUUUCAUUUUCCCGAAUAUGUUACUUUUGAGUAGCUUCCUAUACUUAAAAAAGAACUUCCAUGUUCGUCAUUGAGGACUCGACAGAACUGAAGCCCUCGCCGAGGGAAGUCGAAACUGUGCAAGCUCAGCUCAAUGCUGAAACGGCUACAAGGUGAAGCAAGAGUGCUACACUGCAAGAUAAGAUGAUGCCACUAUGAGAAUAAAUGUGAAUGAUUCCUGUAGUAGGCAUGAUUAUAUACGUUUGUUGUAGUUUUUGUAUAUUUCAACUUACCAGCUUUUGCAUUGUGAGCUUUCUAGAAUAAGUGCGUUUAUUAGCAUAAACGAAAAUUCUUCAGCAAUGUCAUUAUGCGUGCCAUCGAUGGAAAUUUACAUG